AUUUGUAUACAGAAACUGGACUUAUACGGUAUCGAUAUUAAAAUUAAAUACAUUGUAUAAAUGUUAUACAACAAAUUCAAAUUUAAUAGACACGCAAUUUUUGUUAAUGGUAGCUACAAUUAAAGACAGUUAAUGUUAAUAUCGUUGACUAUUGAUGUUCGAUAAACACGCAAUACUGCCUCGAGAAAACAUAAAACAUGGGGCUAUUUGACCGGUUAGCAAAUCUUUUAGGUCUUAGGAAAAAAGAAGUAAACGUUUUAGUAGUGGGCCUUAAUAAUAGUGGUAAGUCGACGGUCAUAAAUAAUUUCAAACGCGAGGAUGACCGUUGCAUAGACAUAGUACCCACUGUCGGGUAUAAUCUUGAAAAAUUUUCAUUUAAAAAUGUCAAUUUUACGGCGUUCGAUAUGUCAGGCCAUGAUCGUCACAGAGCUUUAUGGGAGCAUUACUAUAAGGACUGUCAUGGUAUUAUCUUCAUAAUCGAUAGCAGUGAUAAGUUACGGCUGGUUGUUGUUAAAGAAGAGUUAGAUAUGCUUCUUCAACAUCCGGACGUAGCAGGCCGCAAAAUACCGAUACUUUUUCUGGCAAAUAAAAUGGAUUUACCCGAUUCUUUGACUACUGUUAAACUUGUUGCUGGUCUUGGUCUUGAACGAAUACAGAACAAACCUUGGAAUAUACGAGCAACAAAUGCAAUAACUGGAGAAGGAUUACAACCUGGGAUAGAAUGGCUCACGGAUCAAAUUCGUGAUAUAUAUAUUAAUAAGAGAUAAAGAUAACUCCAAUUUAUUGUACAAAUUAUUAAUCACGAAAUUUAACUAACUAGAAGCAAUCAAUAACAUUCCCUCUUACAAAUCCAGCAUUUAAAUAUUUUCUAUCUACAUUAUGUAUUUGUCGAUAUUUAACUUUCUAAUUGUAAAAUAUCGAUAUCAAUUACGAAUUUUAUACGCAAAGUUUGAAUAAUUUAUUAAUGUAAUCACAAAUAAAUCCAUCCAAUAAAUGUAA